CAUGCGGGGGGCUCUGACGUCCCUGUCUUCGCUGCCGCCACCUCUGCUGCUGCUGCUGCUGGUGCUAGGGUGCGGGCUGAGGGCGGCCGCCAGCGGUGGAGCCGCCGGGGCAGCGGGCUACCCGCCGGUGCAGUACGUGCAGCCCAUGCACAAAGGACCCGUGGGGCCGCCCUUCCGCGAGGGCAAGGGCCAAUACCUGGAAAUGCCUCUACCGCUGUUGCCAAUGGACCUGAAAGGAGAGCCUGGUCCCCCAGGAAAACCCGGACCGCGGGGUCCCCCUGGCCCUCCUGGCUUCCCAGGAAAACCAGGCACUGGAAAACCAGGGCUACAUGGGCAGCCUGGACCCGCUGGCCCCCCUGGCUUCUCCCGGAUGGGCAAGGCUGGUCCCCCAGGGCUUCCAGGCAAGGUUGGCCCACCAGGGCAGCCGGGGCUUCGGGGGGAGCCAGGGAUACGAGGGGACCAGGGCCUCCGGGGGCCCCCAGGGCCCCCUGGCCUACCUGGGCCCUCAGGCAUUGCUGUCCCUGGAAAACCAGGUCCUCAGGGGGUGCCAGGGCCCCCAGGAUUUGGGGGGGAGCCAGGGCCCCAGGGAGAGCCUGGGCCCCCGGGUGAUCGAGGCCUCAAGGGUGAAAAUGGAGUGGGCCAACCAGGGCUUCCUGGAGCCCCAGGCCAGGGGGGUGCCCCCGGACCCCCUGGUCUCCCUGGUCCAGCUGGCUUGGGCAAACCAGGUUUGGAUGGGUUUCCUGGGGCCCCUGGAGAUAAGGGUGAGUCUGGGCCUCCUGGGCUGCCAGGACCCAGGGGGGAGCCAGGAGCUUUGGGCCCAAAAGGGCCCCCUGGGCUGGAUGGUAUGGGGGUACCAGGGUCAGCAGGGGUGCCAGGGCCACAGGGCCCACGAGGGGCCAAAGGGGAGCCAGGCACCCGGGGCCCUCCUGGCCUGAUAGGCCCCACUGGCUAUGGGAUGCCAGGGCUGCCAGGUCCCAAGGGGGACAGGGGCCCAGCUGGGGUCCCGGGGCUCUUGGGGGACAGGGGCGAGCCAGGUGAGGAUGGGGAGCCGGGGGAACAGGGACCACAGGGCCUUGGGGGCCCCCCUGGACUUCCGGGGUCUGCAGGGCUACCUGGCCGACGUGGGCCCCCGGGGCCUAAGGGGGAGAUGGGGCCUGGAGGACCCCCAGGAGUGCCUGGCAUUCGGGGUGACCAGGGGCCUAGUGGCCUGGCUGGGAAACCUGGGCUCCCAGGAGAGAGGGGGCUUCCAGGGGCUCAUGGACCUCCUGGACCGACUGGGCCCAAAGGCGAGCCAGGUUUCACGGGCCGCCCUGGAGGACCAGGGGUGGCAGGAGCCCUGGGGCAGAAGGGUGACUUGGGGCUCCCUGGGCAGCCUGGCCUGAGAGGCCCUUCUGGAAUCCCAGGACUCCAAGGCCCGACUGGCCCUAUCGGGCCGCAGGGUCUGCCAGGCCUGAAGGGUGAACCAGGCCUGCCGGGGGCCCCUGGAGAGGGGAAAGUGGGAGAACCUGGCAUGGCUGGGCCUACAGGGCCUCCUGGGGUCCCAGGUUCCCCAGGACUCACGGGCCCUCCUGGGCCUCCCGGACCUCCCGGGCCCCCUGGUGCACCUGGGGCCUUCGAUGAGACUGGCAUCGCCGGCCUGCACCUGCCCAAUGGCGGCGUGCAGGGAGCUGUGCUGGGCAAGGGGACCAAGCCCCGGUUUGGGCUGGGCGAGCUGUCGGCCCACGCCACGCCCGCCUUCACCGCUGUGCUCACCUCGCCCUUCCCCGCCUCAGGCAUGCCCGUGAAGUUUGACCGGACCCUCUACAAUGGCCACAGUGGCUACAACCCGGCCACCGGCAUCUUCACCUGCCCCGUGGGCGGGGUCUACUACUUUGCUUACCACGUGCACGUCAAGGGCACCAACGUGUGGGUGGCCCUGUACAAGAACAACGUGCCAGCCACCUACACCUAUGACGAGUACAAGAAGGGCUACCUGGACCAGGCGUCUGGGGGGGCCGUGCUCCAGCUGCGGCCCAACGACCAGGUCUGGGUGCAGAUGCCCUCGGACCAGGCCAAUGGCCUCUACUCCACCGAGUACAUCCACUCCUCCUUUUCAGGAUUCUUGCUGUGCCCCACAUAACCCAUGCUGCCCCGGCCUCCUCCUCUUUAGCGGUAGAGAGACCUUCUCACUUACAAAGAACCUCCAUUUAAAGAAAAAACCAAAGGCCAAACAGAGGCGGGAGCAGAGGCGGCCGCGGCCUUGGCCCGAGGAGACUGACUGGGUUUCUCCCUCCGCGCAGGCUGAGGUGGUUUCUGGAAGAAGGUGGCCUGCGUUCCUCUCCCCCGAGUGUCUGUGCAGCGUCGGGGUUGUGCCCCCUCUCCUGCCCUGCCUGGCCUGCAGGCAGGGCCCCAGGACGCUCUGCCCAGCUGGUGGAGACCCCUGGCCCCCGUGAGUGCUGGGCCCUGCUGGGCGGCGAAGGAUGCUGCUGCUGUGCGAGUCAGAGCUGAGAGGGGACUGAAUUCCCCUACCCGUUCCCCCGGGGAGACAUCUUCGCAGCCCUGCCCUUCCUGCCUGCCCACAGACGGCCCCCUGCUCAAGGAAGGGGGCAGGGCCUCCCUCAGUUCUUGGCUGCCCCCGCGCGGGACCUCCAGCAUAAGACGGUGGGUCCCCUGAAGAGUUUUUGUUUCUCUCCAGGGGAAGGGAGAGGAGGGGGACCAUCGAGGUGGCCAGUGGACACCCUGUCAGGACUGCCACCCUAGCAGUGGGGCGGUGGCAUCAGGCCUGUCCCUGGCAGGUACAGGCGUGUGGCCCCUCCUUCAGGCUCCCAGGAAGUGCCGACCCCCCUUCACUGCUCAGGCUGCAGCCAUGGGGAACGGUGGUUUGUGAGGGGUAGGGGCAUGGGUCUGAGGCAGGAUGGCAGCUCUUCACGUUCGUCUCCAUCCCCCAGGCUGCCUCCACCAGCUCUGGCUCUGUUCAUCAUGAGGCCAGCCACCCAGGCCCCUAGGGACCGCCACAGGCGGGCACGAGGCAGGAUGGGCAGUCAGCGAACAUGAGUAUUCCUCCCUUUCUCUCCUUUCACCUGCUGGGGGAGGGCUGAUUUUCUCAGACAAAAUUGUAAGGGAUCCUUGCCACCCCCAACCCCAGUAUCCGCAAGGCAGAGAGCUUCUUGUUUGCCCUCAGAACAAGGUGCACACAAGCUUGGGGAUGAAGGCCACCGCCCGCUUUUUCUUAAUAGCCAUAUGAUGGGUGUGUGUCGACUACAGGGGUUAGUCUGCUGGGGCUUCUUCUCCUUCACCCUCUGGUUCCAAUUUCCUGUCCUAGGCAGGAUUAAGGCCCAGGAGGAUGAGGCCCUGAGAAAAAGGGUGCCAACAGGCCCGUUUGGAAUGAGUUGGAUGUUUCUGCCGUUUUCCCCAAUCAGAGCUCCACCCUGCAGGAAACAGACAGGACCCCCUCCCAUGCCCUCAGCCGCUAGUUCAAGCCGAGUGGAUAGAGCUGAGGACCCAGCGUGAACCUGCUCCAGCUCUGGCCCAUGCCAGCCUUCCUUCCCAUGUUGAGGAAGGAGACUGGCCACUGACUUCUUUUUUUUCUUUUUUUAACAUCUUUAUUGGAGUAUAAUUGCUUUACAAUGGUGUGUUAGUUUCUGCUGUAUAACAAAAUGAAUCAGCUAUACAUAUACAUAUAUCCCCAUAUCUCUUCCCUCUUGCAUCUCCCUCCCUC